AUGGCAGCUGCAGCUUUAUACGAUCGGGAAUCUCUCAGGUGUUCUGUCUGUCUGGAUGUCUUCAGAAACCCAGUCAUUAUUCCCUGUGGACACAUUUUCUGUAAGGACUGCAUUACAGGUUUGUGGGAUAAAGAUGUGCGCAGAUGUCCUCAGUGCAAACUAACCUUUCCCAACAAACCUGUUGUCACUGACUGGCUGCAGAUGAAGGAGCUUUCUGAGAAACUGAUGAAGAUGAGACCAAAGGAGGAAGAUGAUGAAGAUGCUGAAGCACAUGAAGUCAGCUGUGAUUCCUGCACCUCCAGAAGAACCAAAGCUGUGCAAUCCUGCCUCACCUGUGUCUCCUCAUUCUGCAGAAGUCACCUGGAGAAGCACAAUGAUCUCCACGGAUGGAAGAAACACCUGCUGACCGAAGCCACGGAUCUUCAGAGCAAAACCUGCUCUCUUCAUGAGAAACUGAUGGAUGUCUUCUGUCGCACUGAUCAGAAGUGUGUCUGUCUGCUGUGUGCUAUACAUGAACACAAGAACCACGACAGCGUCUCAGCUUAUCUCAGGUGUUGCGUCUGUCUGGAUUUCUUUAAAAAUCCAGCGAUUAUUCCCUGUGGGCACAUUUUCUGUAAGGACUGCAUUACAGGUUUGUGGUAUAAAGAUGUGCGCAGAUGUCCUCAGUGCAAACUAACCUUUCCCAACAAACCUGUUGUCACUGACUGGCUGCAGAUGAAGGAGCUUUCUGAGAAACUGAUGAAGAUGAGACCAAAGGAGGAGGAUGAUGAAGAUGCUGAAGCACAUGAAGUCAGCUGUGAUUCCUGCACCUCCAGAAGAACCAAAGCUGUGCAAUCCUGCCUCACUUGUGUCUCCUCAUUCUGCAGAAGUCACCUGGAGAAGCACAAUGAUCUCCACGGAUGGAAGAAACACCUGCUGACCGAAGCCACGGAUCUUCAGAGCAAAACCUGCUCUCUUCAUGAGAAACUGAUGGAUGUCUUCUGUCGCACUGAUCAGAAGUGUGUCUGUCUGCUGUGUGCUAUAAAUGAACACAAGAACCACGACAGCGUCUCAGCUUCUGAGGAAAGAGCAGACAGACAGAUGAAGUUAAUGGAAACACGUGAGAAGUUUCUGCAGAACAUUCAAGACAGAGAGAAGGAUUUCAAAGAGCUAAAGCAGGCAGAGGAGUCCGUCACAUGUUCAGCGCAGAUGGCUGUCUCUGAAAGCGAGCGGAUCUUCAGUGAAGUGCUGUGCUCCGUUCAGAAAACAAGCGUCCGCGUGAAAGAGCUGAUCGCAGAGCGACAGAGAGAUGAACUCAGUCGCAUUGAAGGACUUCAGGCGAAAGUCCAGCAGAAGAUCUCUGACCUCAGGAUGAAGGUGUCUGGGCUCGAUCAGUUCUUGACCACUGAAGACCACAUUCACUUUCUGCAGAAUUAUCCGACUGUCUGUGAAGAAUCCAUGUGUGAAGAAUUUGAAGAUCUUUACAACAUUUCUGAAAAUUCAAAUGCAUUUUUUUGCAAUGUGGAGCUGCUGCUUUCUGAAAUGCAAGAGCGUUUGAUGCACGUCACCAAAGAGACGGAGAUCAAAAUCAGAUCUGGAGAAGCAAAAGUCCAGAUAAAGUCCUCUCAAGGUUCUGCUCGGCAGGACCAGAAGGAUGUUUUCCGUUUUGGGGAAUCAGUGGCAGAAUUUACCUUCAGUUUUCAGCACGUUCCCCUUAAAUCCACAUCUGUGGAGGCUUCUGGCUCAGAUCAUGAAGAAAAAACAUGUAAACAUGAAGACGAAGAGGACUAUGAGCCGGUCAUACCGUUACCUGAUCUAGUUGAGAUCUCGACUGGAGAGGACAAUGAGCAAGUAGUUUUUAGUCACAAAGCCAAACUAUACCGCUAUGACAAAGAAUCACAGCAGUGGAAGGAAAGAGACAUAGGUGAGCUUAAAAUACUUCAGAACGAUGAAAGCAGACGUGCAAGACUCGUGAUGAGGAGAGAACAGGUCCUGAAGUUAUGUGCAAACCACUGGAUUACUCCAAACAUGAAGCUGGAGCCGAUGAAAGCGUCUGAGAAAGCGUGGACAUGGAGCGCUCCUGAUUUUGCUGAUGGAGACGGCAGCGUUCAGACGUUAGCAGCACGGUUUAAACUGCAGGAGACGGCAGACGCUUUCAAGAAAUGCUUUGAAGAAGCAGUGGCCACUUCAUUCACUGGAGCAGAAAGAGAAGAGAAGAGCACUCCGGAGCAGAGUGAUGCUGAUGUUGAGAUCGUGUUUGACCGAAAACCCACAGCAGAACAAGCCAAACUGGCAGCCAGACUGAUGCUUCCUCACACGUUCUUCUGUUACAGAAACGAGCCGGGAUACGCAAGUGAUGAGGAUGAUGAUGAUGAAGAUUUUGAAGUGGCUGUCAGAUCUCUUAAAGGAAAGUUGUAUCCUGAUGCAGUCGAUGGUCAUGAUGCUGGAGCUGCAACAGAGACACAAAAUCACGAAGAGGAAGAGAACAAUGAUGAUGAUGAUGAUGAUGAUGAAGAGGUGGAACUUCCAUCGGUUGAGGAGAAUGAAGAGGAGAUUUUGUUCAACGAAUGGACCGAACUUUUCCUCUGGGACUGUGAUAUUAACAAGUGGAAAUCCUGUGGUGCAGGAGACAUUAAGAUGCUUUUCCAUCCCGUGAAGAAGCGCUACCGUGUGUUUAUGUGUCAAGAGGGGGAUAAAAAGGUGCUUGUCAACCACUGCAUUACCAGAACCACUCAUCCUAAACCUAUGAGCAAUGCAAACGCACGGUCCUGGACAGCAGAAGACUACUCAGAUGGAGAUGCUGUAGUUCAGCAGUUUGCUGCCAAGUUUAAGACUCCGGAUCUGGCAGAUUCCUUCUCAAAAACCUUAACAGACUGUUUGUGGUAUAAAGAUGUGCGCAGAUGUCCUCAGUGCAAACAAACCUUUCCCAACAAACCUGUUGUCACUGACUGGCUGCAGAUGAAGGAGCUUUCUGAGAAACUGUUGAAGAUGAGACCAAAGGAGGAAGAUGAUGAAGAUGCUGAAGCACAUGAAAAAUCACCUGGAGAAGCACAAUGA